GACUCACUCACUCACUUUUUUCUCAAAACAAAAACAGUAACUUUGUUUUUCAUGCGACGAAAAAUAAAAUCGACUUAUUCCAACUGGACGAUGUGACACGAAGAAGGGUAAAGCAACAACACAACUAUUCAGCAUUCAAUAUCGCAACGGCACUUUGCACUUUGACCAACCAUGACGCUUUCCACUAGAAUAGAGAAGACUGUGGUAAUUCUUGCAGUCGUCACAGUAUCGCUCGUUUCGACAACACCCGCAUUUGGAUUUCACUCAACAAAAGCGCCGCUCGCAUUCUCAUCAUCCUCGACGUCGUCGUUGGUACAAACCGGGUUCGUGUCGCUGCCUUCGCAACAACAAACGCCUCAUCCAUCGAAGACGCUUCGUUUCGCAUCUCCGAUCGCAACGAACGACGAAGUGAAGGAUCCCGCAACGUUGAUAUCGGCAAAAGACGACAACACGCAACAGCUGAGUUUUCUUGCGAUCUUUGGUGGGGUCUUUGCUGGAAGCAUCGCCUUUGUGAACUUGUACAAUUUUCUCGAGACGAUCUUGCCGGCCUCGAUAUUCGAUCCAUUUUACAAUGUUCUGCCAUGCGUUUUGUCGUCCGCUUUCAUUGCGGCCGGAAUAGCGCACUUUGCCGUCGAAGAUACCUUCACGUCAUUCGUACCCCCGAAGGGAUCAUGGGGUGGUUUGUGGCAGGUUCCGUCUCCGGGAUCGGAUCAAUUGGGUUUGACCUAUGAACAAUAUCACUCUUUUUGGUCCGGAAUAGCCGAGGUUCUCGUUGGAACCUGGUUGUUGAUCGCCACAAUACAGCCGGGCUUGCUGCCCUUUGGUGCCGAAGUCACAACCGCCGGUUUGGGUGCCAGCACAAUUCCUGCGGCACUCAUGUAUCUGUUGACCGCGGCGGUGACUCCGGCUAACAUUUACAUGUACACACACAACCCGGUAGUACCAAGAAUCCCCGCACUGCCAUAUCCCUGGGGGCACGCCGGUCGCGGGCUUUUGCAAUGUGCUCUACUGGCAGUAUUUUACAAGUUGACAAUCCAUUCACUUUCUUGAGAGUGGAAGUGGACUGCUAACUAGAUGAUUCAAGGAUCUUUUGCAAAAAGAAAUUUGAAUCCAACAUUUUGUCCAAUCUUAAUCUAAUAGAAAGAAAACAGCUAG